AUGGAGAGGCUUCAUCAGUAUCUGUUGGGGGGGCAUUUUAAGUCUUGCUGCCCAAAGCUCAAUCCACAGACCAGUCAGUUACAGGUUAGUAAGCCUUCAGCUUCGAUGAAGGGGGUUCCUGGAGCUUGUCAUUACUGCAACCAGCCAGGUCACUUAAGGAGGGAAUGUCCAAAGUUGCAUGGCAGGACACAAAGUGGCACAGGUUCACAAGUCACACGAGCACCAUCAGCAGUUGUGCAGUCAGGAUUCAGGGUGCCUCAGGCACCACAGUUAGUGGUACCGUCAGUUGGUUCAUAUCCGGUCAGGGGCUCUACGGCUACUACUUUCGGGCAUCAGUUAGGCCACCAGGGUAGUUCUCAGCAGUCAAGGGCCUAG